UAUUUUCCCUAUUUUUAAAUCCCCACUUUCGCUACACUUUCUAAAUAAAAAUAUACGUGGGUAUUAUAUCUAUCUAUAUCUGCACCACCAUACGGCUCUGUCGCGCCAUUCUUUUUUUUUUCUCCUUCGAUCGCCGGAAUAUUCCCAUCUCCGGCGAUCCAUGAACGCUCCCCUAUCUCGUUACCGCCGUUCCAUACAUUUCUUUCCAUUGCUAUCGUACAUUACGUAGCUAUUCUCCGUUCCUCUCACACAAUGGUUCCGUAAUUUCCCAAUCCCUGUUGAUCUCUCUCUCGCAUUAAGAUUCAAUUGUAAUUUGUAAACCUAAUUUUAUACACAUAUAAUGGAUACGUGCAUUUAGGCGGAGAUGUUCAACAAGAUAAUUAAGCGAAGCCACCGCAAGGUGGCCAAAUCCGAUGUCGAUUUGGCCUACGCCGCCCCCGGCCGGAGCUCCGGCUCCGUCUCCACCUCAAAAAUCACCGUCAGCCACUCCUCUCGCGGCGUUCCGCCCCCGAAUCUAUGUCAACAACAGCAAAUAACCUCCGCCGCGGUGGCGCCGGCGCCGGAGCGGCCGCCGCUGGGCACCAUCGAGAACCUUCCGAUGUUCAGAGAUGUUUUAGUUUUGGAGCGCCAGAGCUUAUUCAUCCGCAAGCUUAAGAUUUGUUGCUACCAAUUCGAUUUCUUCGAUACCCUAAAAAUGGUGAGGGAAAAGGAGAUUAAGAGGCAGACUCUGGUCGAGCUCGUCGAUUUCAUCCAAUCCGGUUCGGGCAAAAUCACGGAAUCGAAUCAAGAGGAAAUGGUGAACAUGAUUUCUCUGAAUAUAUUCCGAUGCUUGCCCCCUUCCUCCCAUGAAAACACAGGCUCCGAAAACACCGACCCGGAAGAGGAAGAUCCAUAUCUCGAGCCCUCAUGGCCGCAUUUACAGCUCGCGUACGAGCUCCUCUUGCGUUACGUGGUCUCAUCCGACACCGACACCAAAAUCGCCAAGCGCUACAUCGAUCAUUGCUUCGUUUUGAGGUUGCUCGAUUUGUUCGAUUCCGAAGAUCCAAGAGAAAGGGAGUAUUUGAAAACAAUCCUCCACCGAAUAUACGGAAAAUUCAUGGUGCACAGGCCAUUCAUCAGAAAGGCCAUAAACAACAUCUUCUACAGGUUCAUAUACGAGACCGGUCGCCAUAACGGGAUCGGAGAGCUUCUGGAGAUAUUAGGAAGUAUAAUUAAUGGCUUUGCUCUGCCUAUGAAGGAGGAACAUAAGUUGUUUCUUGUCCGCGCUUUGAUACCGCUCCACAAACCUAAGCCUGUGGCUAUGUACCACCAGCAGUUGUCUUAUUGCAUUACGCAGUUUGUCGAGAAGGAUUACAAAUUGGCCGAUACAGUUAUUAUGGGAUUGUUGAAGUAUUGGCCGGUUAUUAAUUCGCAGAAGGAGGUUCUGUUUCUUGGCGAGCUUGAAGAAGUGUUGGAGGGUACUCAGGCAGUUGAGUUUCAGCAUUGCAUCGUUCCGCUUUUCGGGCAGAUUGCUCGUUCCCUUAACAGCUCCCAUUUUCAGGUUGCCGAGCGAGCUUUAUUUCUGUGGAACAACGAACAUAUCGUGAACCUGAUUGCCCAGAAUCGGAAUGUUAUUUUGCCGAUGAUUUUCGAUGCGUUGGAAAAGAAUAUUCAGUCCCACUGGAACCAAGCAGUGCAUGGCUUGAGUCUUAAUGUCCGGAAAUUGUUUAUGGAUAUGGAUGCCGAGCUGUACGAAGAUUGCCGAAGGCAAUACGCAGAGAGGGAGGCUAAAUCCACAGAGUUUGAAGAAAAACGAAAACUGAUAUGGCAAAAAUUAGCUGAAGUUGCUGCUCUAGAACGAUAAACGGUUUCAUUGCCCAUCUUGCCUUCUGCGUUAUUCGUACAUUUUUGGUUUUUGCUUUCCUUUUAAUUUUGACCAAAUCAUUUAUACGACUGGAAAUGCAAUCCGCGAUGCAAUGUAGAAAUGUAUUAAUAUUUUUUCUUAAAUGUGAUGCAGAUUAAGGUUGGUAC